UAUUCUAACCAUAUUUCAACCUGAAAAUGGUUUUCUUUUACUGAAAUCGACUCCUAACCCCCCCCAGAAAAGUUGCAGGCUUUCUACUAUGUUAUCUUAAAAUUUCUUCUGUAUACCCAUGGUGUUUUGAUACAUUCUCCUUUCAACCAGCACGUUCAGUCUCAUUCUCAAACCAAAAAGAGAAAAGAGUAGCUUAUAUGGCCAUUAUUUCCUCCAACUUGAACAAUUCCUGGAAGCUCUGCAUAUUUGGCAGCUUCAUUGGCUGCUUUCUCACUUUGCUCUGUCUAGAUUACAAUGGCUACAGCAGCUUCGACAUUGUUUCGGGUGUUUUACCAUCCGGAAAUCCCAUCUUCGGUAGAUUCUUCAAGCCCUUGAAGCCACCCUGUGGAGAAGGAGGCUUUAUUGUCAAGUAUCCGACGUUGAUGAGUGGCGACGAUGAGGAAAAACAGGACUUUGUGGUUAACAAUCAGACUUCCAUGAGUACUGGUGAUGAUGAGGAAAAACAAGACAUUGUUGUUAGUAAUCAGACUUCCAUCAGUACUGGUGAUGAUGAGGAAAAACCAGAGGUUGCUUUUAUGAAUCGGUUGUCGGAGGGUAGUAAUGAGGAGGACAAACUCACCAAGAAGGAGAAGAAGAAGAAGAACUUGUUUGACGGAAGAUGGGUUUAUGACCCAAAUGGAAACCCUGAUUACAGAGUGGAACAAUGCCCAUUUCUUAGCGGGCAAGUUAGCUGUCAGAGAAAUGGAAGGCCUGAUUCUCAGUACCAGAAGUGGAGCUGGCAGCCUGAGGGAUACAGCAACUUCCCAAGGUUUAAUGCCACUAACAUGCUGGAAUUGCUGAAGGGGAAGAGAGUGGUAAUAGUUGGAGAUUCUCUCAAUAGAAACCAAUGGGAGUCUCUGGCUUGCCUUCUCUACUCUGCUUUACCUCCAUCAAGAUGUCAUGUCGGUGUUGUUCGCAGCGAUUACAAGGUCUUUAAAUCUCUUGAUUACAAUUGCUCUGUGGAGUUCUUCUGGAGUCCAUUUUUGGUUCAGCUGGAAGAGUCGAGGGGCCCAAGACCCAGAAACAGAAGAAGAAGAAUUCUGAAGCUGGACAAGAUUUCAGCUUCAGCUCCACUCUGGCUAGGGGCUGAUAUCAUGGUUUUCAACUCUGGACACUGGUGGACUCACCCUUGGAAAAUCAGAGCGUGGGAUUUCUUUGAGAACAAUGGGAAGUUGGUGAAACAGAUGGAGAUAGAAUCUGCGUUCCAGACGGCCGUUUCAACUUGGGCCAAAUGGAUCGAUCACAAUCUGAACUCUUCUUCUACCAAAACAAGUGUCUUCUUCAGGAGCAUAUCCCCAGAGCACAAAGUGCAAGGCUGCUCCAAUUCCACAGAACCGCUCGAUGGAUCGUAUGACGACACAUUCCCUCAUCAGCUGACUGAUAUCGUCACAAGAACCAUUGGCAGCAUGAGGACACCAGUGAGGCUGCUCAAUGUUACAAAGCUCUCUGGGUACAGAAUCGACGCACAUCCAGCAAUAUAUUCUCGCAAGCAGGACCAGACAUUGAUUCGCCCUGAUUGCAGCCACUGGUGUUUGCCUGGACUGCCUGAUACUUGGAACACCCUCAUCUAUGCAAUGUUUACCUUGGACCGCCAAAACCAGAAUUGAACUGUUUCUUCCUUCAAAUACUACAAAAUUCCAGAAAUUUAGGGGUACUUGUCAUCUCACGCAACUCGCAUAGUUUAAUCUUUUCAUGCAUCCUAAGAAAUAGUCCCCGUCCCGUACCACUACGGCAUUAUUUGCAUGCCUCUUACCGCAAUAUCAAAAUCGACUGUACUCGUAACAGCUCAAGUGAUUAACAAAUAAAAUUAGUAGCA